CACGGAAGAUUCGAUUUCCAUGGCAACAACCGGAAGUUUCCAUUACAGGAUCCGGGGGGUUUUGUUUACCUUCGUAAAACUAUAAAAAAUAAAACAUGAGGAGGAUCAUUGCUGAAGAUCCAGACUGGUCCAUCACCACCGUGCCCAACUUAUCCAUCAUCUGCCUGCAAAUCAUUGUGAAUAACUUUGAAAGAAACCCGAUAUUUGAGACGCUCACAGCAGCCCAGAAGGAGUUCCUGCAGGAGAGACUGUCCCCCUCCCUUCCUCUGCAUGUGACCGCCGGCGUGCUCCCUGAGGGCCCCUACUGGAGGCGCUGUAGCCAGCAGAAGUUUGCCUUCUGUGACGUCUCCGUUUAUGGCCACAGCUGGAAACGAAUGUUCUUGGAGAGGCACUUGGAGAACCUCAUAGAGCUUUUCAUCCCAAAUGCGUCCGACCCGCAGGCUGUUCUCGACGUGGCGUCAGUUUGCGACAAAUACGUCAAGCGUCUGAACGUCUCGCAGCUUCUGGUUCCUGUCGUGAAACCUCAGAGGAAGAGCGAGGAGAAGGAUCACAACUUUAUUUUAAAGAGGGACAUGUUUUUCAUGGACCACUUUGACUUUAACAUCCUUCUUCAGAGGCUGACAAACCUGGAGGAGCUCCACCUGACGUAUAGAAUCAAGCAGUGUGGCAUGAACUUUAUGUGGAAUAUGUUUGAGAUGACGAACAGAGACUGUGAAUCCCUCGCCAAGGCUCUCCAGUCCUGUAAGACCCUGAAGCUUUUUAGGCUCCAUCAAAGCCAUGUGGACGACAGAAAGUGUCAGCUCCUGGUGAAACACCUCGUGGACCACCCCUCCCUGACAGAACUCGACUUUUCUCACAACAGGAUUGGAGACGGUGGAGCCAGAGCCAUCGGGCAGCUGCUCGCCAGGAGCAAACUGCAGACUCUCAACUUGAGCAACAACCUUAUUAGCUGCCAGGGGGCCAAAUCCAUAGCUCUGGCCUUAUCUAAGAUCUGCACUCUCGAGUCCCUUAAUCUGCUUCUCAACAUGAUAAAGGAUGACGGAGGUCAGGCCAUUGCCAAAGCCUUGCUGAACAACACAACUCUGCGCAACCUCAACCUGGGAGGCAAUGAUCUGACUUCAGUCACCGCUGAGGCUGUGUCUGAAAUGCUCACAGAAAACAAAACUCUGCAAAGCCUUAAUCUGUCCUGCAACCAGCUCUGCGGCAUUGGAGGUGAGGCUUUGGUGGCGGCGUUGUCGCAGAACUCCACAAUAAAAGAAUGUGACGUCCACCUGAGCCAAGUUGGUGAUCAGAGAUCUCUCCUCAUCAAUAAACUGCUGUGGGCCAGACAGAGUUCGCCGUUAAAAACACAACUCAGCCGAAGCAAAUGGGACACCUAAAAAACGAAUUAUCCUGAAGAAUAAAAUUCAACCCCAAGAUCUAAA